GUGGCGGGGGAGCGGUUCCCUGCGGCAGCUGGGGCUGUCCCGCGGUGCGGGGCUGCUGGAGGCGGCUCCCGGGGGUUCCCGCGGCUCCGAGGGUGGCUCCCGGGGCCGGCGUUUCUCGUCGGGCGGCGCCGUUGCUGUCGGAGCUGGAAGGGCCGUCUCGGCGCGCGGAGGUUCCGGAGCCGUGAGCUGUCCCCUCAGGGCGUGCGGGUGUCUGCUGGGGAAGGCGGGAGUGCGUCCUAGCCCCUCCUACCUGCAACGCCCCGGCUUUCCACUUGUGCCUCAUGCUGUUGGGGGAGAAGACCUUUCAGGGAAGGCAGCUUCCUAAGCAGGAGGGAAAUGGCAAUCUUUGCAAACUGCAUAUUCUUUAUUAAAGUUAAAUACUUAACCAUUCAGGAGAGGAGCAGGCUGAAAGCAUCCAUACAAGAAAAUGGUGGAGUAAUUAAUUUUGUGCUUAAUCACAAGAGUACAUACGUUCUUGUGGAUACUGCUGAUGUCUUGAGCUGUCGUGAUCUAGAAAAUAUUCAGAAGUACCAGGUUCCUGUUUUAUAUGCAGAUUUCAUUUGGAAAUCAAUUGAAAAGGGGAAGCUUUUAGAGAUUGAUUCAUAUAAGGUUAACAAAUCACAUGAUGACACUUCUGACCAAAGGCCUGGCAGACAGGCUGUGGAAGACCUGUCAUCUUCUAAAAAUAGAAGUGCCACAAAGAAAAAUGAAAACAACAAUUACAACCCUACUUUUUUUGAAGAUAGUGAGAGCAGAAAUGAAUCUGAAAGUGAAAAUGAUCAAGAUACUCCUUUUUUUCCCCAAGAUUUUGAAGUUGCAAAAUACAGUGUCCUUGAAAAAGUUAACUCCAGUGAAAGCAAGGAUUUUGUAGUUAUUGAGUUACAGUGUGCCCUAGAGCCUUGUGCGUUUCCAUUUCGACUAUAUGCACACUUCAGUACAUCAGAUGGAGCUGAGAAUCAUAAACAAUUCCUAACUGGUACUGCUGAAGAAAUCAGAGAAAAGUACUGUACUUUUAUUGCAGACCUGAAGAGCCAGGAUUUUCUGCUCAGAGAAACUUUUCCACCAGAAGCAGAAUCUUUAGGUUCUACAAAGUUGCAAAAGUUACUUCUAGAAGAAGCCAUCCAUUCAAGUGUUAUAUGUGAGGAAGUGAGUGACUUUGUGGAACUGAUCUGGGCAGAAACUGUUGGCCAUCUGGAUAGUUUACUGCUUGAAUCAGUGAACAACAUAAGCCUAAAUGAUGUGAGCAAAGCAGAAGGUAUUUUACUCCAAGUAAAGAAUGCACUGGAUGAGGGAGCUGGCGAGGCGGCACUGCGAGAGAUGAUGAUGGAAUUCUAUCGAGUUAUACGUCACAAAACUGAAAUAGACUACACAGUUUCCAAAAAGUUGCUAUCUAGAAAACAGGACCUGUGUCAGCUAAUCAGAGACAUGCUUAAUAUAUGUGAAACAAGUAUGUCGUGCCCAAACCCAUCAUCUUUGGCCAAGUACCGAGCUCUGAGGUGCAGGAUCGAAGCUGUUGACUCAACAAGUCAUGAAUUCCUCAACAUUCAACAACAAGUGUUAAAAAACAAUUACAAUAACUGUCCAGUGAGAAUUUUGCAAGUUUAUAGGGUUGGCAGAAUAAGUGAAACAGCAGAAUUUCUGAGCAGCCUUGGAAAUAUUCAGUCCUUAUUCCAUGCAUCAUCUGUGUGCAACUUCAUGGGAAUUCUUUCCAGAGGACUCCUGAUGCCAAAAGUGGUUGUUGAAGAUCAUGGUGUGGAAAGAACUGACGCUGGGAAUCUGGGCAGUGGCAUUUACUUCAGUGAUUCUGUUAGUGCCAGUAUUAAGUAUUCUUUACCCAGUGAAAUGGACGGAUCCCGGCUUCUGGCAGUUUGUGAUGUUGCACUUGGAUCCUGCUUAGAUUUGGUUGAACGAGAUUAUUCGUUAAACCAGGCACCCUCAGGGUAUGACAGUGUGCACGGAGUCCGCAGAACAGCAGGCACCUCUUCAGACUUCGAGGAUGAUGAAUUUGUUGUGUAUAAAACCUGUCAGGUUAAAAUUAGAUAUGUUGUUAAGUUUUGCCUUGCUGAAGAUCAAAUCAAACCGUUUCAGCCUGCAGUUGGGAUGGAACUGGAGCAAGAUACCAAUGAGCCGGAGUCGCCAUGUCAUUUACAGCAUGAGAGCUAUGCAUUGCCAAGUGCAAAUCCUUUGAAUCCUGAAAAAACUGGUCUUCAGGACAGAUUGGGAAAUCCGAUCCCUCUGGAAGGUGUUUAUAUCAAGGGGAGGAUAAUAGACUUUGUAGCACAGGUAGUAAUGUUUCAGACCUACACCAAUCAUAACAGUAAACCAAUUGAAGCUAAAUAUGUCUUUCCUUUGGAUGACAAAGCUGCUGUUUGUGGAUUUGAAGCUUUUAUCAAUGGAAAACACGUAAUUGGACAGGUUAAAGAAAAGAAAAAAGCACACAGGGAGUAUCGGGAAGCCAUCAGUCAGGGUGAUGGAGCUUAUCUAAUGGACCAGGAUGCACCGGAUGUUUUUGUAAUAAGUGUUGGAAACUUACCUCCAAGUUCUACAGUUGUGAUCAAAAUCACGUAUAUCACUGAACUGAGUUUUCAACAUGGUUCUAUCACCUUUCAUAUGCCUGCUUCUGUGUCACCAUGGCAACAGGACAAAGCAUUAAAUGAAAACACACAGGAUACAAUAAAAAAAGUUUGUGUUAAACAAGUAAAACCACAGAAAAAUGUAUUUUCUGUGGAUAUGUCUAUUGAGAUGCCAUCUAGUAUUGAACGCAUACAUAGUUGGACACAUAAACUUAAAAUAAAGAAAACAGAAUGCAAGGCUGUAAUUCAGACUGUGGAGAACAGCUCCUUGGAUGUUAGUGGCUUUGUUCUAGAUAUCUGGAUUUCACAGGUCUACCUGCCUCGAAUGUGGGUAGAGAAGCAUCCCAACAAAAAGAGUGAGGCUUGCAUGCUUGUAUUCCAGCCAGAAUUUGCAACAGCACUUGAAGAAGUGCAGCUGUCCAGUGAAGUUGUUAUUUUAUUAGAUUGCUCAAAUUCUAUGGCAGGAUCAGCUCUGCACCAAGCAAAGCAGAUUGCUUUACGUGUUUUGGAACUAACUGCUUUCAGACAAAGAGUGAAUGUAAUAAAAAUUGGCACAAAUUUCACAGAAUUUUCUUCUUUUCCAAUGAACAUCAUAAAUGAUUUGGAAUCUCUGAAGGAGUUUAUUACAUCUGCCACUGCAACACUGGGAAACACUGACUUAUGGAAGGCCCUGCGUUACUUACGCCUGCUGUUGCCUUCUCAAGGAUGUCGUAACGUUGUUUUUAUAUCGGAUGGACACAUUCAGAAUGAGAGUGUGACCUUCCAGAUUGUGAAAGAUAAUGUCCACUACACGAGGUUAUUUACAUGUGGUGUAGGUUCCACAGCAAAUCGACACAUGCUGAGAUCUCUGUCCCAAUAUGGUGCUGGAGCAUUUGAAUACUUUGACUCAAAAUCAAAGUGUAACUGGGAGGCAAAGAUACAGAGCCAAAUAUCUAGAAUAUUUUCUCCAGAAUGCAGAUCAAUUUCUAUUAAAUGGCAACAGUUUGACAGAGGUGCACCAGAGCCAAUGCAGGCUCCUGCCCAAAUACAGUCUUUAUUUAACAAUGAGAGGCUUCUCGUCUAUGGAUUCAUCCCUCACUGUACUCAGGCCACCUUAAGAGCAAUAGUAAAUGACGAAGAACUACAGACUGUGGUGUCAACUACGGAGCUACAGAAGACAACAGGAACAGUGCUGCACAAACUUGCAGCAAGAGCUUUCAUUAAUGACUAUGAAGAUGGGAUUCUUCACGAGAAUGAAACAGAACAUGAGAUGAAGAAACAAACCUUGAAAAACAUGAUUAUUCAUCUCAGCUUGGAGAACUCAAUUAUAAGCCAGUUUACAAGCUUCGUUGCAGUUGAGAAACGGGAUGCUGCUGAAACUUCUGCUGCUGAUGCUCCAAACAUCCUGGAAAUUAUAGCUCAAGAAGAUGUAGAUUUUUUACCUUACAUGGACUGGGAUGGAAAGGCAAUGGAUUAUGGCUUCAUAUUUGCUGGAGGAGUUAGCUAUACCCCGGCAUGUUCCUCAUCUGUACAACAUUUUUGUUCAGCUGAUUUCCAAGGUGAACCUGCAGGCUUCCAGUUUCAGUCUUCAGGCGUUCCUGUUAGUCAAAAGAGCAUCUCAUCAAAAAACAGGGCACAGAGCUUUGCCAGUGUUUCUGAUCUUGAAAGUGAUGUUGACAGCCUCAAAUCAGAUUCCAGUUUGGAUGGAGAUACCACAAUAGAGACAUCUGGAACAAGGUCUCCUUCACCACAUUGCUUGCAUCUGCUGGAAGAUACUGAACUUCCCUCGUUAGGAACUGCUCUGACUCAACACAAUUCACUUCAGGCACCUGCACUUAGAAAAUCUGGUGUUUUCAUGGAUGUUCCUAAACCUGCUUCUCCUCCUGCUUCUCCCCUUUGCUCUUCUUUUCUAGAAUUGGUGGGAGGCAUGAAACCACUUUAUUCUCCUUGUGUUCCUCCUCCAAUGGUGGGUUCAGCAUUGUUUGGUUCACCUACCCCCACAUGCGCAAAUUCUGAAAAGACUAAUGUUGAAAACCAAGUCACUCCCGAAUUCAGUGUUUUUAAAGGUGAUAGAUCAGCAACAGCAGUAGUGCGACUGGCAAAGAAAAAGUCAGUUCCAACCUGUAAUGAUCCAACUCCUGAAGAAGGAUUUACUGGGGGCUUUAGUGCUGGGGAACAGUUUUGCCAUUCUAUGCCAAGUCCUACGUUUCGGCCACUUUGUCGACGCCGUUUGGUAAAUAGGAAUGAAAUUCCUGAACUCCAAGAUCAGGAACAAUCAAGGUGCUUUAUAACACCAGAUAAAGAAAGGAUUCAACAGAGACGUGAGUUGACUUCUGUAAACUGGAAAGAAAUUUUUGCACUCCAAAAUCAGGAUGGCUCUUGGAAUCUCAGUCCACAGUUGGGAAAAAUCUUGAAAUUUGAUGUUGAUAAUUUAAUUAACAAUUUCCUUAUUAGAAAAGGCAUUCAGUCACUUGGUGCAAACAGAAAAGAAAAGCUGCUGCAGCUGAUUGCCACUCUUCUUGUGCUACAGUUCAUACGGUGCAGAAAGGAACUGAAAGGAAUAGUUUUCAAAACACUGAUGAAACUGGAUGGCUCAUCUAAUUCAAGUGGUGUUCAUUGGGCCUUUGAGUUGAUCACAAAAGCAACAGAGUGGGUAAGAAGAGCUGAAAAACAAUUUCCAUCUAUUUGCUAUCGACUUGAACUUGGGGAAAACUGGGAUUCUGCCACCAAGAAGAUACUGGGUAUCAAGUUUAUCUAACAUUAAUUAUCUUUCUACUUAAAAUAUUUUCUCACAUAAUUCUUUAAGAUAAUGGCAGAGUUAGCUUUCCUUGCAGUUUUCCAUAAAAAGUUGAAAUUUAUGACAAUUGAUUUUGUAUUAUUACUGAAUAAUAAUUCUGAUAGUCACAGACUUAAAGGUAUGGAAAUAAAGGGCCUUGUAGUUAAGUAAGUCUUGAUUUUACAUAUAUGUACUAUUUUACUUACCUGUAACUCUCUUAAAAAUACCUUAAUAGUUCAGGGUUUUUUACAUGAAUCACUUUGGUUGACUGCGUAUCACAAAAGUACUUUUAUAAUAUCUGUGUUUUGAUUUCUCCUAAAAAUCUUACGUACUUUUUAAACGGCAAAGCAAGCAUACUUCAGUAAUGCAGUUAAAUAUUGCAGAUGUGUUGUCAGAUAAAAGAAUGUGAUCAACAAAGAACUAAUAAAUGUCUUCAUAUCAGUGGAUGGUUUUGUAAUUCUUACAUUGUGCCUUAAAACGCAAACAGCAAAACUAUUAUCUCCUGCACUGCUUUUGUUAUCAGUCAUCGGUCAAUUUGUGAAGACAUAGGUCAGUUUUGUUACAAGGAAUGAGUUGUUUUGUGUGGGUUUUUUUUCCUAUUACUCUGUAUUCUGAUUUCAUUCUGACAACCUAAGUGAUAAGUUUUAUUGUAUACUGGGCCAAACACUGAAACCUAUAAACAAAACCAGAUUAAAAGGGAUUUAUUUCAAUUUAA